AGCACUAUUUUAAGUUUUGAAGUUUCAAGUGUUAUGACAAUUAUUCAGAAAUCAGAAUUGACACGACGUUGAAAAAGUUUCUUGGUGGUUAUCGACUUAUCGUUACAUUUAAAACCAUUUAAUUUUCAGUUAUUCUUUCAAGUUUAAUGUUAUAUACUAGUACGGUUGAAUUAUGUUGAAAGUCUUAACAUCGUUUCCGAAAAUAAGCGGGCCCGCCAUUAGAAGUUUUCAAUUUAAUUUUUACACUUGCAGAUUUGUGUCGAUUCCACGACACAGUCAAACACAACAGUUGACCCGUUGGACUAAGCCAUCAGUAGAGUAUCCAUCACGGUUUUCCUUUACUCGUUUUUGUCAUGCGAAACCAUCAGAGUUGACUCCACGUGAAAAACUGAAAAUCGCUGCUAAAGAAUACGGUUCUGUGUUAAUUGUGUUCCAUGUUGGAAUCUCAUUGAUAUCAUUGGGUUCGGUGUAUUUUUUCAUUUCUAAUGGUGUUGACGUCCAGCAGUGGAUUGGGUGGAUGGGUUUGUCGAACGCAAACGAAAACACCAAAAUCGUAGCUGGAGCGAGUCAGUUUAUCAUUGCAUAUGCCAUUCAUAAAUCUUUUGCUCCAGUACGCAUUUCAAUAACACUUAUAUCUGUACCAUUAAUUGUACGAUACCUUAGGACUAAAGGAAUAAUGAAAAUGAAAAAGUAAAUAUUAAUUAUGAUAACCUAUGAAAUUGUAUAAAUAAUAAUUGUAUUACUAUGGGGCUUAAGCUGUAAUAUUUAGAAAUACCUAAUAAGAUAUUUUAUACAAAUUAUUAUUGAAUAUUUUACAUUGUUAUAAAACGAGAAAUACUGUUGAAUAUUUUUUAAAAAUGUUAUAAAAUUGUAUAAAAAUUAAAAAAAUUAUCAUUUAUAAUAUAAUAAUACAUCAUUAUCUGUAGUUCUUAUGACCACAAUUUCAAUUAUCUACAGUUAAUUUGUGUUGAUUAUUAAGUAAUCCAUCCAUUUUCUCGCAAUUAUACAAACUAUGGUUCUGUAGAGUCUCGUUUUCAUGCAACUUUGCUGGAACCUAACUGCUUCAGAUAACGGGGGAUAACUGUAUUCACAUUUUAACUAUUAUUCAAUCCUAAAAACAUAAAAAGGUCAAGGUGCUUAUGUGUAAACCAAGUGAGGUAAAUUAAAAUAAUUUGUUAUCAUAUAAAUUGUAAGAAACAUUUUGUUUUCAAUGUGUCAUUAAUACAUGAAUUAUAUAUAAAUUA